AUAAGUAGAAGCAGAGGUCCAUGCAUGACGGGGAGGACUGUAAUUGCGUUCUUACGAAUGGGCUUAUUCAAUAUUUAGAUAUGAGGUGGCUAAAGGUGAUGCUGUUGCGUGAAAGGCUGAUCAGGCAAGGAUGCUCGGUGAUAACGCACUCUCGGCUCCAGUCAUCAGGUGCUGGGUCUGCUCCCAAUACAUCUUUUGUAACUCCGUCACCCCCUCCCGGGCCAUUACAAGUGAACAGCUGCAUACAGUUUUGGAAGCAGGUAUUUUCUCAACACAAGAUUCCUGAACCAGAAGCUUCCAGCGAGUACAUUGUGGCACACGUUCUAGGUGCUAAAACUAUCCAGAGUCUUGAAAACAAACAACUCUCUGACCCACUGACGACAUCACAAAUGCAGUAUGUGUGGGAAUUAUGUACCCGUCGGCUUCAGAGAGUGCCAGUUCAGUAUGUGAUUGGGGAGUGGGAUUUUCGACAUCUGACACUGAAGAUGAAGCCCCCUGUUUUUAUUCCUAGGCCAGAGACUGAGGAACUUGUGGUACUUGUUGAAGAAGAUCUCCUCUCCCGAGAGAAAGCUGUCAUUAGUGUCGGCCCACUUCGAGAAAUUACUUUCUUAGAGGUUGGCUGUGGCUCAGGUGCAAUUUGUCUCAGUUUGCUUCAUCUUCUGCCACGGAUCAAUGCCAUCGCAGUUGACAAAAGUGCAGAGGCUAUAAAUCUGACUAGAGAGAAUGCAGACAGACUAGGACUGUCUGAUCGCUUGAAUCUGCUCCAGAUGGACAUACUGUUGGAUUCACAGCAGUUGGUCCGUGAGUGUGGAGCUGUGGAUUUUAUUAUCAGCAAUCCACCGUAUGUAUUCUCAGAAGAUAUGAAUGAACUUGAACCAGAGAUUCUCCAGUAUGAAGAUUUGCAGGCAUUAGAUGGAGGUGAGCACGGUUUGGAAGUCAUCCAACAGAUCCUCACCAUUGGAAGGCAAAUACUGAAGAAAAAUGGAAAAAUAUUUUUGGAAGUUGAGCCCAGACAUCCUGCAAUGCUACAGAUGUUGAUAAGUCAGGGAUGUUACUCUGGAAUUGUAUACAAGGACACAAAAAGAGACUUUUGUGAAAGACCCAGAUUCUGCAUUUUGCAGAAAACCUUUGAAGAAGUGUGAAUGCGCUCUCCAUUCUUGAUGAAGAAAGCUGAUCUCACCUUCAACCUGAGGAGUGCAUCUUACAUCUUUGUUCAUUGUUUGUGAUUCAUAAUGAAACACUGGUCUGUGUUACAAAAAUAAUUACAGUGUACUGCCUGUCUGCUGUAAUACUUCCAUUCAAAUUAGGGGGUUGAUCCUGUUUUACCAAGAAAAUAUCCACCUACUGUACAUUGUUUGCUAAGAAUGUCUUUGGAAAAGUAAAUGCAGACCUUGACUGUGAAAUACAGACAGCUCAGAGUAAUGGCAAUAUUCAUCGAGAACUUCCUAGCUAUGUUUUCAUUUGCUCCUACAUGUCCACCUAUUUUCAUCAGGGCCAUGUCUCAGUGUGCUGGUCACAUUGUACUUCGUUUACGGUUUCCUUUCUCCUUUUCUUUUUUUUUUCUCCUUACUCGAUCUUUAAGACGCAGUACGGUACAAUCUGGCUGAGAAAGAAUGUGUUUAUAAAUGUUUCAUAUUUUAGAUUUGUUCGCCUAUAGUUACAACUAGCCAUCCCCCGCAACUCUACCCGUGUAGUAGUGAAACAGGACAGUGAGGAGGAUCCCGUACAACUCCCUACUCCUGACGUCACGCUUCCUUCUCCCCUCGGCCCGCAGCCUCUCUCUCGGAUUAGCGCAAAUAUAUCGCUCCUGCAAGCAAACUAUGAUUCUUAGCGCGAGGAGAGAAGUCGCAAAAUCAACCGGAAUGUUCAGUCAAAUUCU